GGGAUGGGGGGCCCAGGCCCCUUCCUUCCACGUCAUCCUGGAAGACUUCCCGGAGGAGGCGUCUGUGCCGAGCCUGGAGGACGCGGUCAGGUCCAGGAACAGCACGGCGGAGGCGAGAGGGGACCGCUGACCCAGGCAGGGUGAGCCGGGCGGCAGAUACAGCGGAUGUGCGGGCCUCCCGGCGCGGGAGGCAGCCAGGGUUAAUCAUUUGCAGGCGGCCUUGACCGUCACCCUGCUCCCGCGUCCCGCAGCUCCUCACGCCAGCCCAGGAGGAGCCAUGGGGCGCUGGGCCCGGGUCGCCGGCCCUUGCCCCUCGCCCGGGCCAGCCCUGCUGCUGCUGCUGCUGCUGCUGCCUCGCGGGGCGCAGCCCCAGGCUGCCAGGAGCCAAAGGGAGCCCCCAGGACACAACGCCACAGUGACUCCUGUGACCCUUGUAACCUCGGCGACCCCCAGCACUGCAGCCGCAGGAGCACCCCAGGCAGAGGGGCCCCCUGGUGGCGGGCUCACCCCCCUGCCCAGGGGAGCCCCCUCCAACAGCCCUGGGGGCACAGUGCUCACCGAGGCCGGGCAGCCCUGCAGGUUCCCCUUCCGCUACGGCGGCCGCAUGCUGCAUUCCUGCACUGCAGAGGGAAGCGCCCACAGGAAGUGGUGUGCCACGACCCACAACUACGACCGGGACCGGGCCUGGGGCUACUGUGUGCAGGACCCCGCUCCCCAGGGGCGCCCAGCCCCCCGGGACCCCUGUGCCUCCGGCCCCUGCCUCCACGGGGGCUCAUGCGCCAGCACGCAGGACCCCGAGUCGUACCACUGCACCUGCCCCGCGGCCUUCACCGGCCAGGACUGCGGCACAGAGAAGUGCUUUGACGAGAGCCGCUACGAGUACCUGGAGCCAGGCGAUCGCUGGGCCCGCGUGCACCAGGGCCGCGUGGAGCGGUGCGAGUGUGCGGGGGGCCAGGUCCGCUGCGAGGGGACCCGCCACACAGCUUGCCUGAGCAGCCCCUGCCUGAACGGGGGCUCCUGCCACCUGAUCGUGGCCACCGGCACCACCGUCUGUGCCUGCCCCCCAGACUAUGCCGGGCGGCUCUGCAACAUCGUGCCCGCCCAGCGCUGCUUCGUGGGGACAGGCACGGAGUAUCGAGGCGUGGCCAGCACAGCGGCCUCAGGCCUCAGCUGCCUGGCCUGGAACUCCGACCUGCUCUACCAGGAGCUGCACGUGGACUCCGUGGGCGCUGCGGCCCUCCUGGGCCUGGGCCCCCACGCCUACUGCCGGAACCCAGACAAGGACGAGAGGCCCUGGUGCUACGUGGUGAAGGACAGCGCCCUCUCCUGGGAGUACUGCCGCCUGGCGGCCUGCGGUGCGCGCAGCAGCCAGAGAUGGUCUCGGGAGGAGCAGGAAUCCCUUGCCAGGAUUCAGCCCCCGCCCACCGAGGCCCUGCUGACCCUGCCUGGGCCCGCGGCUGCUGGGCCAGCUGGACGCCAGACCUGUGGCAAGAGGCACAAGAAGAGAACCUUCCUGCGGCCGCGCAUUAUUGGCGGCUCCUCCUCGCUGCCCGGCUCCCAUCCCUGGCUGGCCGCCAUCUACAUCGGGAACAACUUCUGUGCAGGGAGUCUCGUCCACACCUGCUGGGUGGUGUCUGCCGCCCACUGCUUCUCCAACAGCCCCCCCAGGGAAAGCGUCUCCGUGGUCUUGGGCCAGCACUUCUUCAACCGCACGACGGACGUGACACAGACGUUUGGCAUAGAGAAGUACAUCCCGUACCCACUGUACUCCGUGUUCAACCCCAGUGACCACGACCUUGGGAGACUCCGGUGGGCCGCUGGCCUGCGAGAAGAACGGUGUGGCCUACCUGUAUGGCAUCAUCAGCUGGGGCGACGGCUGCGGGAGGCUCAACAAGCCCGGCGUCUACACCCGCGUGGCCAACUACGUGGACUGGAUCAACGACCGGAUUCGCCCCCCCAAGCGACCUGCGAGUUCCUCCUGAGCCCCGCCCCCCUGCCCCCCGCCAUUCCCUUCUUGCUGCCAAUAAAGAUGUUUCCAAGACUCCGGGUCUACACUGCAGUUCCCCCUGCCCAAGCCCCCCAGCCCUGCCUUCCCUCCCAGGCCAUGACCCCCCCCAGCUUUGUGGAUGACGUGCCCUCAGGGCUGGGGGGCCCCCUGAGCCAGCACCCCAGUGGCCCUUCCUCAGUGGAGAAGGGAGCCUGCGACCCCAUCAGGAGGGGUCUGGCCCCACGGCCUGGAGACUCAGGUCAAGGGAUGCAGGAUGGGACCUUCUCCCCAGCCAGGCUGCUCUCAGACCCUCCUCUGCCCCGCCCUGACCCCCAAACUGCUCCGGCCACCCUGGCCUCCCUGUGUUCGUGAAACCGACCAGGCUCC